GCCAAAAGAUAGAUUUUUGAUGAAACGAGAGAGAUGGUGCCUGUGGAAAGAAAGAGGCUGGAGGAGUGCAUGUUUUUGUGCACUGAGCCGGGGGGUCGCAGCAAAAGACAAGAGACAGGAUGAGAGAGGAGAGAGCGUGGUAGACAGAUUUCAACGGCACCGUCAAGAUGUUAGGUUUUCAUAAUGAGUCAUCACUGACACUUUACGAAUUAUCCCCUGACACACUUCUGGUCCCCUGUUCAGUCUCCCACUCAGAGGGUCCCAGGUCACAUCUCGCCUCCUCGUCCACGAUGCAGCCACUCUGUUGUUUUGUCUUCACUUUCCUGUGCAGUAUCUCUUUCGUCUCUCCUGGGCUUUCCAUACACUGCAAUAACACACAAUAUCUCUGGCCUGUGGAUCAACCCAAGUUAUGCUGUAACAAGUGCCCACCAGGUAAAAAUAUGAUUCGGCGGCCACCCACCUCUUGUGGAAUUGAGUGUGAACCCUGCAGCGGUGACCAGUACAGUGAUGCCUACAACGAGGAGUUGAGCUGCGAAUUUUGCGAAAACUGCGAUAAACCAAACAUGGAGUAUGGGUCACACUGUAACGCCACUCAUAACGCCGUGUGCAGAUGUAAAACUGACUACAGAUGCAAAGACCGAUCCUGCCAACAGUGUGUGCUGAUACCAUCCACCACCACCAAACCAACACUCCCUCCAUCCACUACAGUCCUGAAACCGGGAGCCCUCACCACUCUUUGGCCAUCAACUCAACCAAUCAGAGAUACAGUGUGGUUCCUGGUGAUAAUUGCCAUCCUGUGUGUAGGAAUCGCAUUCGCUGUUGUAACAAAAAUCAAGCCCUUUAUGCGCUGGAUCAAAUCCAAACAGGGCUACAUUUUCUAUAAAGGCCCUUCACCAGUAACAACAAGCUCUGAAGAAGAAGAAGUAUCAACGCCUGUCCAGGAAGUACUUGGGAAAUUUGAUGUAUGAGUUAAAGAGCCUGAAUUUGGAUGAGCUAUGAGCAAGGAUUUGACAGGCAAACAUUUCGUGCAAAACAUCUCUGUUGUGACAAAUGGGGCAAACAUUACUUGGCCCAUGCUGAUGAAUGGAACCGCAGCAAAUGUUUGUUUCAGGACUGAUGAAACGUGAUUGUUUGACAUCUGUGACAUUAAGAUGAUACUAGUGUAUAAAAUCACAGAUUAAGAAUCUGAAAGACAAUCAAAAUGUCAAAUGUGACACUGUAAUGGUCAUGCAUGAAUUAGAAAUUGUGCAGUAUGUUUCUAAAUGCAAGUAUGUACUAUUGUACACAGAAGUUGAAGAUAUUUCAGAUCUUAACAUUUAUAGGUGUAUAUAUAAAUAGACUUUUCAGAUUUUACAUAUCAAAUAUGAAUGUUUUUAACAUGAA